CUGCCCGCGACCCGGCAGAGGCCGCGGUCGUGAAGCACCAGCCGAACGUGCGGUGCGCCGCAGCUACGCCACCAGAAGCAGGUCGCCAUGGCCCCGGCGGCGGCGACGGCAGGAAGGAGGUUCUGGUCUGGCCUACUGAUUGCGCUGGGCUCUCUAUGCCCCAGAGGCUCACCAUGUGGCAUCUCAACACACGUAGAAAUAGGACACAGAGCUCUAGAGUUUCUCCACCUUCAGGAUGGGAGUGUUAACUACAAAGAGCUGUUACUUGAACACCAGGAUGCAUAUCAGGCUGGAACCGUGUUUCCUGAUGCAUUCUAUGCCAGCAUCUGCAGAAGCGGACAAUUCCAUGACGUGUCUGAGAGCACCCACUGGACUCCAUUUCUCAAUGCGAGCAUUCAUUAUAUCCGAGAGAACUACCCCCUCCCCUGGGAGAAGGACACAGAGAAGUUGGUAGCUUUCUUGUUUGGAAUUACAUCUCACAUGGUGGCAGAUGUCAGCUGGCAUAGCCUGGGCAUCGAACAAGGGUUCCUGAGAACAAUGGGAGCUAUUGAUUUUCACGGCUACUAUUCUGAGGCACAUUCAGCUGGUGAUUUUGGAGGAGAUGUGUUGAGCCAGUUUGAGUUUAAUUUUAAUUACCUUACGCGGCACUGGUAUGUGCCAGUCAAAGAUCUACUGGGAAUUUAUAAGAAACUCUAUGGCCGAGCAAUCAUCACCAAAAAUGCAAUUGUUGACUGUUCAUACCUUCAGUUCCUGGAAAUGUAUGGUGAGAUGUUGGCUGUUUCCAAGCUUUAUCCCACUUAUUCUAGAAAGUCCCCAUUUUUGGUGGAACAAUUCCAAGAAUAUUUCCUUGGAGGACUGGAUGAUAUGGCGUUUUGGUCCACUAAUAUUUACCGCCUAACAAGCUUCAUGUUAGAGAAUGGGACCAGUGGCUGCAACCUGCCUGAGAACCCUCUGUUCAUUUCCUGUGGAGGCCAGCAAACCAACACCCAGGGAUCACAAGUACAGAAAAAUCAUUUUCAUAGAAAUCUGACUGCAUCCCUAACUAACGAUACUGAGAAAAAUAUACAAUACACUGAAAGAGGAGUGGUCUUUAGUGUGGAUUCCUGGACCUCGGAUUCCCUGUCCUUUAUGUACCGCGCUUUGGAAAGGAACUUCCGGACGAUGUUUACAGGCAGCUCUCAGCGGCCACUGAAUCAUGUCCCCAGCCCCUUAGCAUCUUACUUCUUGUCAGUCCCCUACGCGAGGCUUGGCUGGGCAAUGACCUCGGCUGACCUCAACCAGGAUGGGCACGGCGACCUGGUGGUGGGCGCCCCGGGCUACAGCCGCCCAGGCCACAUCCACGUGGGACGUGUGUAUCUUCUCUAUGGCAACAACAUGGGCCUGCCCCCUAUUGACCUAGACCUAGACAAAGAGGCCCAUGGGGUCCUGGAGGGCUUUCAGCCCUCAGGCCGCUUUGGCUCAGCCUUGGCCGUGUUGGACUUUAACAAGGAUGGUGUGCCCGACCUUGCUGUGGGAGCCCCCUCAGUGGGCUCAGAUCAGCUCACAUACAAAGGUGCAGUGUACGUCUACUUUGGUUCCAAGCAAGGAAGAAUGUCUCCUUCCCCCAACGUCACCAUCUCUUGCCAGGACAUGUACUGUAACCUGGGCUGGACGCUCUUGGCUGCAGAUGUGAAUGGAGACAGCAAGCCUGAUUUGGUGAUUGGCUCCCCUUUCGCUCCGGGUGGAGGGAAACAGAAGGGGAUUGUGGCUGCAUUUUAUUCUGGCCCUGGCAGAAGCAACAAAGAAAAACUGAACGUGGAGACGGCCAACUGGAUGGUGAGAGGCGAGGCAGACUUCGCCUGGCUGGGGUACUCCCUUCAUGGUGUCAGUGUAAACAACAGGACCCUGCUGUUGGUGGGGAGCCCGACCUGGAAGAACAUCAGUAGUCUGGGCUAUUUGUUCCACUCACGUGAUGAGAAACAGAGCCUGGGACGGGUGUAUGGCUAUUUCCCACCAAACGGCCAAAGCUCGUUUACCAUUUCUGGAGACAAGGCAAUGGGGAAACUGGGUACCUCCUUGUCAAGUGGCCAUGUAAUGGUGAAUGGCAGCCAGACACAAGUGCUGCUGGUUGGGGCCCCAACUCACGAUGACGUGUCUAAAAUGGGAUUCCUGACCAUGACCUUGCACCAAGGUGGUGCCACUCAGAUGUAUGAACUGACACUCAACUCGCAGCCUUCUCUGCUCAGCACCUUCAGUGGAGACCGCCGCUUCUCUCGAUUUGGAGGCGUUCUACACUUGAGUGACCUGGAUGACGAUGGCUUUGAUGAAAUCAUCAUGGCAGCUCCCCUGAGGAUAGCAGAUAUAACCUCUGGGCUGAUUGGGGGAGAAGAUGGCCGUGUUUAUGUAUAUAAUGGCAAACACACCACCUUUGGCGACAUGACAAGCAAGUGUAAAUCGUGGAUGUCUCCAUGUCCAGAAGAAAAGGCCCAAUAUGUACUGAUUUCUCCUGAAGCAAACUCAAGGUUUGGGAGCUCUAUGAUCACCGUGAGGUCAAAGGACAAGAACCAUGUUGUCAUUGCUGCUGGAAGGAGUUCUUUGGGAGCCCGACUCUCUGGGGCGCUUCACAUCUACAGCCUUGGCUCAGAUUAAAGAUUUUGCUUCCUUUUUCUAAUCUGCCCCGCCCUCUCUUGUGCUGAGUCAUCUCCAGGGUGAGAAUUCUGAAGGACAGAGUGGCACAUCCAGUGGAGACUUGGUAGAGCCUCCUACAUAGAGGUGAGGCUCCUGGGAGUAAAGACAUACUCUAACAGUCGACUAUCUGGAAAUAUGAUACAGGAAAUUAUGACUACAUCAGAAGUAUGUGAAAUCGCAGGCACUCUGGUUAUUCAUGUCCCCUUCCAGGGUUUACUUCCUUUGCACCUAAACCUUUCCUAACUUAUUGCCUAUGCUUAAACUUGCUGUCUAGCCUCUUUCCUCUUCCACAGGAAUACCUAUGUCUUUCUGAUAACUGGAAAGGCCUCUCUGUGGUUCUCUUAGGAAAACCUCUGUACACUACGCCUCCUAAAUAUGCCCCUUUAAAAUUGUUGACCCAUUUCAAUCAGAGUGAAACAAAGUAUGUAAUAUACAGGGGAAAAAAAAAACUGGAGGAACAGUACAGUGAGAAAAGUAUGGGGGAAAGGGACAACCUCACAACUCUCAAGUCCCUUGUAAAUGAUUUGGUCCUUUCUUAAUGAGGAUUAUUGCAUUUUCAGUGUUUCACAUAGUGAAGGGCAAAUAUAAAAACUAAAACUUACCUAUCACUUGCUUUUGUAGAGAAGGCUGCUCUAACAGGUGAUGAAUCUAGUGACUCUCCACUAGUUUUAAGUUAUCCCAAGAGGGCCUUCGUGACAUUAAGAUGCCACAAGUUGUGCUGACAGCACUAGAGUAGGAAGGAGAAACCUGCCCUGAGCCAAAGGCUACUUACAGUAAGGAUCAAGUGAGGGGCCAAGGAGAGGGAAGCAACUUUGGCUUCCUGUGCUAGUCCUGGUGGAGUGGGUCUCACCUGCCAGUCCUGCAGUGUGGCACAUUUAAGGGAAAGGAGUGUACCAUGGGGUCUCAGCUUCGCUAAAAAUUUGCAGGCAUUAUUAUCUGUAAACUAACUAAUUGAUUCUGUAUUAAUCAGGGAAGAAUCUUUUUUUUCUGACACUAGUGAAAUGUAUGAAACGAGAAAGCAAAUGACAAGAGCCCUUUUCUUCUCAGCUUCUCUAAGGGCAGAUUAGAGACUGGUCAAGGGAAACAGGAAUCCAGCUGAAGAGUAAAAUUAAAUUAGAGAUCAAGGAAAAGCUAGAGGGAAAAUUGUGAGCACUGUGUAAGUAUCUGUAGGAAAACAAAGUAAACAGGAACAUACCUAGAUAGCACCUCUGGACCACUCCUGGAACUGGCUCAUCUUUCUUAAGGAGGUAUGCUAGCUGCAUGGCUCUCUAUGGCACAGCAAAAAACACACAAGCCCCAUUUGUUUAGUUUGGGGCAACAAUUACCGACAGCUCAACCUAUCUGAAGAAUUAUUUUUAAUUAAAAGGAAGUUUACUUUUAAGGGACCAUAAAUUACUCAGCUGUUUUCAUUUAUGAGUUGAGAAGUCUGAGUGUAGAACAAACUGAAGAUACUGCAUUUUAGUAAAGGUCUGUUUCUCUCAGUACUGGAUCUUUUUCAUCAGAAGGAUGUAUUCUUUUAUACUGCCAUUACUAUAUAAAAUGGCUAUGUUACCAUAUUUCGCUAAAUGAGAGGGCCUAUAUUUAAACAUGACUAUUAUUUACCUGAGGAUUAAUUCUCAAUGAUUGUUAACAUGCCAGCAAGCAGCAGGUGGAGAAGGCUAAAAUUUAUAAAGUUGGAUUCAAGUUUUUCAUAUAGUACAGUUAACCAUAUUAACCUUAUAUUAAAAAAUAAUGUAAGUUGUACUCCUACUGUUAAAAGUUAACCUACGAGUAUGUGACAAAUACGUAAAAACCUGGCAUACAGAAUAAAACUAACACAUGACAGUCUAAUGUAUUAUCCCAAUAGAUUAAUUUUCACUCCACUAAGUAUUAACUCUAUUUCUAAGCACUGAUUCUGAAAUGCUUAACAAAAAUGGAAAUCCCUUCUAGAGUUUUACUCUCUAACACAAAUCAGAAUUUAUACAAUUUAACUCAAAAUUACCUUUAUUUCUAGAUAUCAGAACACAUUCAUAUUUGCAAUUUUUGUCUUUCUAUUAUCUAUGAGACAAUUUUCUUCAAAGCUGAAAAGAUCAGAAUUGUUUGAUGCCUCUGUAUGACAGACCUAACAGACUAAAUAUGAUUUGAAAUGAGUUUGGGAAUAAACUUAGGUCUCUUGAGUUCCCUGUUCCAUGCACCAUCUAUUAGAUCACCUCCAAAGGUAUUACUAAAGUAAAGUAAAUCCCAAGUUAGUAUUACAAUUCCAAAAACCAAAGCUGUGUACAGCUCUUGGAAUAACUCACCAACUCACUUGGAAUAAAUAGCUUUUUAAUGAUA